UCUCAGCAUCCUUUCUUUGCAGAUAUCACGUGACUUGAACAGACCGUUACCAGUGCAGCUUUAUCUCUAUUCCUUUAAUCCUCAAACAAACUGAAUGCAGAUCAGACAUAAACAUGACGAGGCUUUUAGUACUCUGCUGUUUUUCAUUGCUACUGGCUGGUGUGUUUUGUGCUGAUGUUACACUGUCAGUGAUGAAGGGAGAUGAUGUCACUCUGUCCAUUAAUCCUGAGGAAAUAAAGGAAGCUAAAUUGUUUUGGAAGUUUAAUAACAAAGACAUAGCAACUAUUAAUUUAGAAGGGAAAAAUAGCCAAGCAAAGUACUUUGAUAAUGAAAGAUUCACAAACAGACUUUAUCUGGACCGUAACACUGGAUCUCUCACUAUCAACAACUUCACAACUAAAGACACUGGAGAAUAUAAGCUGGAGAUCUGGGGCAUCGAGAUAAAUUCGAAAACAUUCAGUGUUACUUUCAAUGAUCAAGGGUACACAGUGUCAGUGAUAAAGGGAGAUGCUGUAACUUUACCAACUGGUGUUAAACUACAGCCACAUGAUGUGCAGUUGAAGUUUAAAGGAAACAUCAUUCCUGGUUUAACUGACGCGCGGACCGGAGAGCUGAGCAUCAACAUCAAAAUCGAUACGUCUGGAGAACAUGAUUUGGAAAUCAACGCCAGCGAUUUUAUUUUACGCAAAAGAUUCUGCUUUAACGUCAGUGAAGAGGAGUCUGUAUCACGGAAAGAGGAAGAAUUUGUCAUUCUGCAAACUAAUAGCCCAACACAGUCAGAUGAUGUGAUCGAGUGGAAGUUUAAAAACACUGUCAUAGCUCUGUUUAACAGAACCGUCAACACAUACUCAUAUCCUAAUGCUGAAAAGAAAGACAGACUGCAGAUGGAUGGUUUAGGAUCUCUCACAAUUCAACAGCUCAAAACUAAAGACUCUGGACAUUAUGAUGUAUACAUCAACAACAGCAAUCGCUUCAUUCACAAGAGAUUCAGCCUUACUGUCAUUGAAGUGGAGUUAGUAUCACAGACAAGGGGUGAAUCUGUCAUUCUGCAAACUAAUACACCAACACAGCCAGAUGAUGUGAUCGAGUGGAAGUUUAAAAACACUGUCAUAGCUCUGUUUAACAGAACCGUCAACACAUACUCAUAUCCUAAUGCUGAAAAGAAAGACAGACUGCAGAUGGAACCUUCUGGAUCUCUCACAAUUCAACAGCUCAAAACUAAAGACUCUGGACAUUAUGAUGUAUACAUCAACAACAGCAAUCGCUUCUUUCACAAGAGAUUCAGCCUUACUGUCAUUGAACCAGACUCAUUGAAAUGGUAUUACGGGCUGUGCAUUGGGCUGGCCAUUGGGCUGAUUGGGAUUACCCUGACUGUUAUAUACUUUGUGAACAAAAGCAAAAAAAAAUGAUUGACAGCAGCUCUCCAACAGCAAUGGUCCAUCACUGAAUGUUGUAUAUAACAAAAGUAAAGACUUCAAACACAGCUGCACAACAUUUGACGGCUAAAAAUCAAUUGUUGAGCUGUCAAACUUAACUUUAAGUGUAACAAGCAUUUAUUUGUUUUGAUGUACAUAUAGGCAAGCAUGACCUUAUUAUAUAAUGUGACCGAAUAAAAUGAAAAACAGAAGGCUGAAUACCUGAAUUUUUUAUUUAUUUUCCUAAUUAUUUUGCCAAUUUUCUUUACAUUGCACAAGUUACAUUUAGAAUGUCCGUUUUACUUUGUUAAAUAAUGUAAAAAUAAACAAAGACUUUUUUUACAUUCCAGCAGUCACUAUAGGGAAUUUUUACACCUAGUCACUUCUCUGAUCAGAUAGACUUGAUAAAACUAUUCGACCGCAUAAAUGAGUCUUGGCUAAACUGAUAUUAAUCCGGUAUUCUAUUACCGCGCGAAAUGCAAAUAACCUAUUGAUUAUUCUGCCUGGAGAAACUUGAAACGAUGCUUAUAUAGCAUAGACUGUAAAAAAAAGAUGGAUGACGCGACAUCAGUUUCUUACAUUGCAUUGAAUAACGUACAUUUACACAUACAUGUAAUGUACAUAGCAUAACUGCUAACGUACAUUUUGCAUUUUGAAGUAGAUGCUAUCAGACUAAGCUUGCACUAUUUAAUGUGCACGUCCAGUGUACAAUACCUCAGAGUUGUCCUGGACAUGGCACUUCUCGUCCGGUGUGCGACCCCCUUUUGUCAUUGUAGGACUUUACUGAUUCUAGGAAGUUUUAUUACAUACUGCAGUUGAUGUAGUAGAGAGCUAAUGUCUCUCCUUCUCUGUGCUUGUGGAUUCAGCAGGAUCCCUGCCACCAUGUAUUUUUCUUAUUUUACAGUGUAACUUCAAAUUAACCGUGCUAGUUUUUAACAAUUGCUUAAAUCUGGACUUCCUGGUCAGGGUUUAUAUUAAUCCAGGACUAGGCCUUAGUUAUAUUUACAAAGUUUUUACAAGCAUCCAAAACAUUACACUGUAAAAAAUUAUUUGCUGCCUUAAAUUUUGUUGUUGAAUCAACUUUUUUACAAGUCAUUUCAACUUACUAUUAUUUGUCUUGAAUAUGGAUGAGUUGUUAUAACUACAGAUGAGCUGUUAUAACUUAAACAAGUCAACUUAAUUUUAUAGGUUGUAGCAACUCAUCUCUUAAGAUAAAUAAUAGUAAGUUGACAUGACUUGUAAAUCUGAGUUUAUUCAAUAAAAAUAUUCAAGGCAGCAAAGAUUUUUUACAGUGUAGUAAUGUGCAUUUUAAGCGAUUUUAAUGGCACUGAUAUAUUUUAAGUCUGGAACUAGACUUAAACCCUGUCCAGCAAACUGAUCCUGGUUAAUGUCAGAUAACUGCAUUCAUUUGUCCCCAGUUUUGCCAUUUAGUGUUGAUCUGAGGUCAAAAACAUACAUCAGUAUUUAAGGGUGUCAAUUCCAAUGAGGGUCUGUUUCAAUUAUAAUUCAUUUUACAUUCUUUAACAACAGCCAAAAGAUUAUAUAAAUAAAUUGGUGUGUCAACUGUAACAUUUUCUCAAAUGAUGGCUUAUUUGCAUAUUUCCUGGGAUUUCCCCAAAAUGUGAACUAUUUCAUUUAAUCCAUCUGCUGUAACUUAAAUCUAUGAAAGAGUUUAACAUCUGUUCCAGUUAAUUGUAUUCUCUUUCAUGUGUUUUGUUCGUUUUUUUGUCUUGUUCGUUUUUUCAUAUGUUGUUUUGUAGUCUCAAUUUUGUACUAUGAUAAAAAUGUAUUUUAUGUUUAUUUCAACUUAUGCCAGUAUUUUUAGUAUGUAAACUGAGGUCAGUAACUCACUCUUGUGUUGUGUAUAUAAAUGAGGAUUGAUGUUCUGCUGUAUUUGAGGAUUUUUAUUUGAUCUUGUGGUUAAACAGAAAGAUUAUUGCAAUCUGGUAAAAAAAAAGCUGGAAUAAACUGCAUUAACAUUAAAAAGUUAAAAUUUAAAAAAACAUUUAAACUGAAAUGAAAUCCACAUCUUGAUUAAGUUAUCUGAAAUGAAAGCAAGCUUGUGGUAUAACUUUGUCUGCAGUGAAUUAUUAACACAUCUGUCCUUCUUUUUAUCUAGUCGAUCAAUAAACUCCAUGGCUUACUUGUA